UCUCUAGAUGUUUAAAAGUUGUGGCAGUACUUGAAAUGAACCAGAUUUUUCCGUGUCCCGGAGUGGAACAUAACUUGUGAUCUGAACCAUCCUGUUCUGUUGAAGCUAGAAAUGGUUUAUCAAGAUUCAGAUACAAUUAUCCAGAUCUUGGAGUAUCUAAAAGGACCAGAACUAUUUAUGAGAAUAUUAGAAGCUUCUGAGGAUUUAACGGAAUUCCACAUUGCAGGCUUUAUCUUCCAUAUUCUUACAGGUUUGGAGUAUCUCCACGCUAGAAGAAUUGUUCAUCUUGACCUGAAACCUGAGAAUAUUGUUUGCACAGACAAUGAAACCUUUAAUCUCAAGAUUAUUGAUUUCGGUUUGGCGAGAAGGUUAGAUGGUUCGGAUAUCAGGGUUAUGGAAGGAACUGCAGACUUUGUAUCACCGGAGGUUGUCAAAUACGAAUCUAUCAGUACAGCCAGUGAUAUGUGGUCUCUAGGUGUAGUAGCCUAUAUUCUAUUGACAGGACUUUCUCCGUUCCUAGGGGACUCAAAGUCUGAAACCUUCGAAAAUAUAACUUCAGUGAGAUACACUUUUGAAGAAAAAGAAUUUGAUCCAAUCAGUGAAUCCUGCAAGCAUUUUAUUUCCUCCUUCCUUCAUGUUGAACCUAGUGAAAGAUUAUCUGCUAACCAAGCUUUAAACCAUCCUUGGAUCCUUCACAGGAACAGGAAAAACAGUGCUGGGUUUGAGAAGAGGAACCUGAGGAGCUACCUGGCCCGGACCCGGUGGAUACAUGCUAGUAAAGCUGUGUUACACAGUUCUCUCAAGGACCCGGAAAAGUAAACCAUGGUUCAGAACAGAACUUUCAAACCCAUUUAAACUUUUGAAUCCUGAAAAGAAAACUGAACAUUUAAAACGCAACAUGUAUUUAUUUAUGUUAUUAAUCUCAAAUAUAUAUUUAUUCUAACUUAAAAAUAAAACAGAGAUGUAAAAA